UCACAGUCUCCAGCCAGGGAGUCGGACAAAAGGCUCCUGAGACAAAAGGGUUAAAUGCACAAAAGCGACAGACAGAGACGCGCGUCUGUAUCGAGUCCUCGAGCUCCCUCUAGUGACGCUCACACGACUCAGGCUGCACAGGGCGGGUUCCUUGUGAGACGGGGGGCGGAGCUGAUGAUGAUAACCCCGCCCCCGAGCCGUGACAUCACACAUACAGAGCGGCAGUGUGAGAAGCUUUGGUUUGAGUUGAGAGUUGGAGGUGGAGUGAGAAGGAUCUGCCUGGAGAGUGUGGGACUGAUACAACUCAAUGGUUUCCUCUGUUUCACUGAACAGCCGCUUCUCUCUCUCUCUCUGGGACUUUUAUUUACUCACUGCUACUGGAAGGACUUUUGUUUUACUGUUGGAUUUUCCCUGUGGCUCAGAUCAGCCGGGAGUUUAAUCUACAAAGGAUAUCCGAUAAGGAACCUAUCAAUAAGGAAAUAGCUGGCACACGUUCAUAUAAAACAUGGAUAAAAUGCUGAUUUUGCUAUGGGAGUGAACCUUAUGGAAUCUGAUUACCACACUUGGUUCGUGUUGCACAGGAAGCAAAGCAAACCUCAUGUUCUUGGCCCAAAAAAAGUUUGAUAUUAUGAAUAGGAUAUAUUAAUGCGGAGGGGAACUUCCUGGCUUUGGAAAUUUACAAGGCUUAAGGCAUUUUUAUUGCAAAAUAAAAGUUGACCUAAGGAAACAGAGAACCAUACUUAAUUGUAUCUACAAUGCUUUUUGGUCACGGACGCUCCCUGCACACGGACCUACUUUGCUAACCGUCCCUGGUAAACUUUUGUUGUGAUGCAAACAAGGCAUUGUGACCCUUGGCACCGUCUCUUACUCGUUGGGAUUGUUUGAAUAAGCACAAGGGAACAAGGGAGUGCUACAUGAGAUAACCCAGACCUCUCUAUUCUUGGAAACACAAAGCCUUGGCUGCUUUCUGCCUACUGGAUAUUUCAGGCGAACAUCAGCUCACACUUUCCAGGUUUCAAGGCACCGUAGGAAAGAAAUCAUCAGUGACCAUGUCUACAGAAACUUGGAAUUUGUUUGUUGCAUGGGCUCAGUUUUUACUAUUAUUGAGAAUGUUGCCACAAUGUGACAGUGCCAAACCAUGUCCUUCGGUGUGCCGCUGUGAUGCAGGCUUCAUUUAUUGCAAUGAUAGGGACUUGACAUCCAUUCCUUCGGGUAUCCCAGAUGAUGCUACAACCCUCUACCUUCAAAAUAAUCAGAUCAAUAACGCUGGCAUACCUUCUGAUUUAAAGGGUCUGGAUAAGGUCGAGCGAAUCUACUUGUAUCGCAACAGUUUAGAUGAGUUUCCAAUUAACCUCCCUAAAAAUGUCAAAGAAUUGCACCUCCAGGAAAACAAUAUACGGACUAUAACCUACGAUGCACUUUUACAGAUCCCUUUCAUAGAAGAGUUGCAUCUGGAUGAUAAUUCUGUAUCUGCAGUCAGUAUAGAGGAUGGAGCUUUCCGAGACAACAUCUUUCUGCGGCUCCUCUUCCUUUCAAGAAAUCACCUAAGCACAAUACCAUGGGGCCUGCCUAAAACAAUAGAAGAGCUACGUUUGGAUGAUAAUCGUAUUUCUACCAUCUCUGAGAUCUCUUUGCAAGACCUCACCAAUCUGAAACGUCUUGUCCUGGAUGGGAACCUUUUAAAUAAUAAUGGUCUGGGAGAACGGGUCUUCAUGAACUUGAUCAAUCUGACAGAACUCUCUUUAGUACGCAAUUCUCUUACCUCUCCUCCUGCAAACCUGCCUGGCACCAGCCUGAGAAAGCUUUACCUUCAAGAAAACCAUAUGAACUAUGUACCACCUAAUUCAUUUGCCGAUUUGACACAACUCUACCGGCUUGAUAUGUCCAAUAACAAUCUCACGGCUUUACCUCAGGGUAUAUUUGAUGACUUGGAUAACCUAACCCAAUUAUUCCUGCGCAACAAUCCUUGGUAUUGUGGAUGUAAAAUGAAGUGGGUGCGUGACUGGCUGCAAUCUCUGCCAUCCAAAGUUAAUGUCCGUGGGUUGAUGUGCCAGGCUCCAGAGAGAGUAAGAGGAAUGACCAUCAAAGACCUUAACAAAGAACUGUUUGAUUGUAAAGACAGGAUUGGUUCGAAUACAAUACAUGUUACAACAACAAUGUUAAACUCUUUGCUUCCAGCACAAGGCCAGUGGCCAGUGCCUGUGACCAAACAACCUGAAAUAAGACCUCCAGAUAUCAAUAAGAUCUUUCGGACAACUCCAAUACCCGUCAAAAAAAUUAUUACGAUUCAGGUGAAAUCAAUAACAACAGAGACUAUCUAUAUCUCUUGGAAAGUGGCCCUGCCAAUGACCGCUUUGAGACUUAGCUGGCAACUGGGUCAUAGUCCUGUUUUUGGAUCUAUAACGGAAACAAUUGUGACAGGUGACAGGGCAGAGUAUUUGCUUACAGCUCUUGAGCCUGAAUCACCGUAUCGCAUAUGUAUGGUUCCCAUGGAAACCGGCAACAUCUACCUUUCUGAUGAAACCCCUGUUUGCAUUGAAACAGAGACUGCUCCACUUAAAAUGUACAACCCAACCACCACAUUGAACAGAGAGCAAGAGAAGGAGCCUUAUAAGAACUCGAGUUUACCAUUAGCUGCAAUCAUUGGGGGAGCCGUGGCUCUGGUAGCUAUUACACUCCUCGCUUUGGUGUGUUGGUACGUUCACCGGAAUGGGUCUCUGUUUUCCAGGAACUGUGCCUACAACAAGGGUCGCAGAAGAAAAGACGACUAUGCAGAAGCUGGUACAAAGAAGGACAAUUCCAUUUUAGAAAUCAGGGAGACUUCUUUUCCGAUGAUACCAAUAAAUAGUGACCCAUUGUCCAAGGAGGAGUUUAUAAUACACACUAUAUUUCCACCCAAUGGAGUGAGCCUGUACAAAAACAGUCACAGUGAGAGCAGUAGUAACAGAAGUUACAGAGACAGUGGUAUACCAGAUUCCGAUCAUUCACAUUCAUGAUGCGGAAUGGCACAAGACUUUUUUUUACAUAUAUAUAUAUAUAUGGACUAAAACGAGUGAUUGGAAUUCACUGUUCUACUGCAAAACACUGGACACGAGAUUGAAGGAGCAAUGUACUGUACAUUUGCCAUAUAAUUUAUAUUUAAGAACUUUUUAUUAAAAGUUUAAAAUUUCAGGCUGGUGCUACGAUUAAAUGUAGCAUGACACCUGACCACAAUCUUCUAUUUUAGUAUUUUUUUGUAAUUUGUACUGUAUUUUCCUCGCUAAUAUUGAAGUUACGGACCAUUUAACCUUUUUGUGUUCUACUGAGUAAUAUGACUUGUCAACUGUGAAAGUGGCAUUUUUUUUGCAUUUUUAUUUUGCUGUGUUGAACAAUCAGAUUUUUUUUUUCAUUUGUUUUUGGGGGUUCUCUUUUCUGGUCCUUGUACAAAGCACAGAGCAUAUUUUGCAUUUGGUUUUUGAACACAGUCAAUGGGAAGAAGUUGUUACAGUCGGAUCAACAGCUCUCGGUUUUAGGAGACCUGUCAUGAACUGUACACAAGAUAGCUAUACAAACAAAACAUGUGUAGUAAUGGGCAUUACCUCUUUCUAAAAAAAAAAGAACUGCAUCUGGAUAUAUACACAAUAAUUUCAUUUAGCAAAUAAAAACAUAUUUCUGUUUGAACUUAUACCAUUUUAUCAGUAUAUUGCUUCAAGACAUUUUCCCAGGUCUUAUUUUUAAAAGUAUAAAACCCAUGGAGAUACUUUUCAGCUCUAAUCAUAUGCUGGCACCUAUAAAAGGAGCUAUGUAAUCUCAUCAUCAUGUUCUCCAACCAAUAGUGAACAAAAAUUCUUAAUAAUUCAAAAAUAAAAAAAAAACCUCUCCUAUUUCUUAAAAUUUCUCGAAUUUUCCCUACUUCACCCUUGGACGUGUGCGCAGAAUAGUUUGUAAACACACAUAAUGGCAGAUUUAUUAAGGUUCGAAUGGUAAAUUUGAAUUCUCACAUUUUUUUGGGUCAAAACUCAAAACAAAUUCAAAUUUAAAAGCACCAACUUGAUUGUAAAUUUGAAUGUGAGAAUUAUCACACCUCAACCAUGGAAACCGUUCUAAUUCGAAUAUUUGCACCUUAAAUCUGCCGAAUUCAUUUAGAAGUCAAUGGCAGAGGUCGUUGACCCAUUUGAAGAUGUUGAUUGCCUUCCUGACAUUCAAGUUUUUUUCAAAGGAAAAUUUGAUUAAAUUUUUGUUUGUAUUCGAAUAUGAAUUAAAUUUAUGGGUCGUUCCCAUUAUAGCAAAUUUUAGAAGUUUGGAUUUUUUCAUAAAUAACCUCCUUUUCAAGUUGUGAGUACAUUUGAAUUUAUUAGCGUAAAGAAAAAUUCACAUCGAUUCGAAAAACGAUCUUUGAUAAAUCUGCCCCGUAGUCAGUACUUCCUUGGACCCAUUUUGCACACACGGUUUUCUAAAGACACUGCCUACGAGAAAAGAAAUCACUGGUGUCAAAACUCAAAACAAAUUCAAAUUUAAAAGCACCAACUCGAUUUUAAAUUUGAAUGUGAGAAUUAUCACAUCUCGACCAUGGAAACCGUUCUAAUUCCAAUAUUUGCACCUAAAAUCUGCCGAAUUCAUUUACAAGUCAAUGGCAGAGGUCGUUGACCCAUUUGAAGAUGUUGAUUGCCUUCCUGACAUUCAAGUUUUUUUCAGAGGAAAAUUUGAUUAGAUUUUUGUUUGUAUUCGAAUAUGAAUUGAAUUGGGUCGUUCCCAUUCUAGCGAAUUUUAGAAGUUUGGAUUUUUUUCAUAAAUAACCUCCUAUUCAAGUUUUAAGUACAUUUGAAUUUAUUAGAGUAGAGAAAAAUUCACAUCAAUUCGAAAAACGAUCUUUGAUAAAUCUGCCCCAUAGUCAGUACUUCCUUGGACCCAUUUUGCACACACGGUUUUCCAAAUACAAAGCCAACGAGAAAAGAAAUCACUGGUGGAUAAAUAAUUCUUUCAGGUGUUGAAAACACCUUAUUUUAUACAGUAAUUUAAAGUAGAGAAAAAUGUAAUAAUGUCUACGCCGUGUCCCAUGGAAAAUCUAUAAAUGU